GCGCUCAGGCUGGGAAUGGACAGCCGGCAGGAUGCAGCAAACUUGGACCAGGGCGACUGCUGCCCUGCCCUGCGCAGACUGCUCCCCAGGGGCUUCUGGGAUGAGGCGCGGGCGCUGUUUGUCCUCUCUGGACCCCUGUUCCUGUUCCAGGUGUUGAACUUCCUGACCUACGUCGUGGGUACUGUGUUCUGUGGGCACCUGGGCAAGGUGGAGCUGGCAUCUGUGACCCUAGGGGUGGCGUUCGUCAACGUCUGCGGAGUGUCUGUCGGAUUCGGAUUGUCCUCGGCAUGUGACACCCUGAUGUCCCAGAGCUUCGGCAGCCCCAACAAGAAGCACGUGGGCGUCAUCCUGCAGCGCGGCACGCUCAUCCUGCUGCUCUGCUGCCUGCCCUGCUGGGCGCUCUUCCUCAACACCCAGCACAUCCUGCUGCUCUUCAGACAGGACCCGACCGUGUCCAGGUUAACCCAGGACUAUGCAAUGAUUUUCAUCCCAGGACUCCCGGCAAUUUUUCUUUACAGUCUGCUGGCAAAGUAUUUGCAAAAUCAGGGAAUCGUCUGGCCGCAAGUCCUUAGCGGCGUAGUGGGCAACUGCGUCAACGGCGUCGCCAACUACGCUCUGGUGUCCGUGCUGAAUCUGGGGGUCAGGGGCGCUGCCUACGCCAACACCAUCUCCCAGUUCGUGCAAGCCGCCUUCCUCUUUCUCCACAUCCUGCUGAAGAAGCUGCACCUGGAGACGUGGGGAGGUUGGUCCAGCCAGUGCCUCCAGGACUGGGGCCCCUUCUUCUCGCUGGCCAUCCCCAGCAUGCUCAUGAUAUGUGUGGAGUGGUGGGCUUACGAGAUUGGCAGCUUCCUCAUGGGCCUGCUGGGCGUAGUGGACCUCUCUGGCCAGGCCAUCAUCUAUGAAGUAGCCACAGUGGUCUACAUGAUUCCCAUGGGGCUCGGCAUGGCCGUGUGCGUCCGAGUGGGGACAGCGCUGGGAGCCGCGGACACCCUGCAAGCAAAGCGAUCGGCUGUCUCGGGCCUUCUCUGCACAGUGGGCACCUCCCUGGUGGUGGGCACCCUGCUGGGGCUCCUGAACAGCCAGCUGGGGUACAUUUUCACCAGUGAUGAAGAGGUCAUUGCCCUGGUGAACCAGGUCUUGCCGAUUUACAUCGUCUUUCAGCUUGUGGAGGCCGUCUGUUGUGUGUUUGGUGGAGUCCUGCGGGGCACGGGGAAGCAAGCCUUCGGUGCCAUCGUGAACGCCAUCAUGUACUACAUCGUUGGCCUCCCUCUGGGCAUCGUGCUGACCUUUGUGGUCGGAAUGAGGAUCAUGGGCCUCUGGCUGGGCAUGCUGACCUGUAUCUUCCUGGCAGCUGUCACCUUUGUUGCCUACGCAGUCCAGUUGGACUGGAAGCUGGCGGCAGAGGAGGCCCAGAAGCACGCGGGGCUACAGCAGCAGCAGCAGCAGCAGCAGCAGCAGCAGGGAGCAGAGUGCACAGCCCCCAGCCCAGGGCCUGACAAGGCCGUAGUGUCUUCAGUGGCCACGGGCGGCAACCCGGGCAUAGCUCUGACGAUGUACUCCCGGCCUGGGUGUCACGCGGACUUCUACGGGAGACCAGAGGCAGCGGCCCCUGCCCCCGGGGCUCCGGCCAGCAGGUUGUCAGUGCGACAGCUGCUCUUCCGCCGCGGGGCUGCCCUGGCGGCCUCGGUGGCCGUGCUGAUGGCGGGCCUUCUGGUCAGGGUCCUGACCACAAGGUACUAACUCGCACAGCCGCUGGGAAGCAGGAAGAAUGGGUGGCCCCAGCACGCACGUGUGUGCACACUCAAACUCGCACACGGUCCGGGUGCAGGCAGGCACUGGACACGGAGCACUCCUCAGAAACAGAGCUGUGCAGGGCGCCUCUGUGGUGGCAUUCCGUGGGAUCCGAACUACGCGCGCACAGACAAUUUUGUUGGGGGCAAAUGGAGCCAGCCCGGGGAACGAGACUCCUGGGAUUGCCAUGGUCAAUGGUUUCA